GAACAUGGCUGGAUCUCCCGCCACGGAGGCCAACAUUUCCGACGCCAUUGAAACUCCGUUACUGGACGACGUCGUGGAUGGAAACGUCGACUAUAAAGGCCGCCCUGUCAAGCGGUCCAAAUCAGGUCGUUGGAAAUCGGCAUCUUUCAUCAUAUGUGUGGAGAUGGCAGAGAGGUUUGUUUAUUAUGGAAUAAGCGUGAAUUUGAUCAGUUACUUGACGGGGCCACUCGGCCAGUCCACAGCUACGGCGGCGGAGAACGUGAAUGCUUGGUCCGGCACGGCGCAGAUGUUGCCGCUCUUGGGUGCUUUUGUGGCCGACUCAUUUCUCGGUCGAUAUCGCACCAUUUUAAUCUCUUCCUUGCUCUAUAUCCUGGGGCUUGGCUUCUUGACUCUUUCAACAGUUUUUACCUCUGUCAAGUUAUCUGAGUGUCAAAAUGCAGCAAAAGUUACGACAUGUUCUCCUUCUGAGUUCCAAGUUAUCUUCUUCAUUUUUGCAUUGUAUCUAAUAGCAGUAGCCCAAGGAGGGCAUAAGCCUUGUGUACAAGCUUUUGGAGCUGACCAAUUUGAUGGACGAGAUCCCAAAGAGAGCAAAGCUAAAAGUUCGUUUUUCAACUGGUUGUUUUCUGCUAGCUGUGGGGCAAUCACUGUUGCAUUGGUGAUUUUGACCUAUAUUCAAGAUAACCUUAGUUGGGGCCUUGGAUUUGGAAUUCCCUGCUUCAUCAUGUGUUUCGCAUUAAUCCUGUUCUUGCUUGGGACUACUACCUACAGGUUUCAGGUGAACAGUGCUGAGAUGAGCCCCUUUGUGAGCAUUGGUCGUGUAUUUCUGAAAGCAGCUAGGAAUUGGAUAACCACCUCUUCAGCAUCAUCAAUGCAAGAAGAGUCUCAGGGCUUUCUGCCUUACCAAGGUUCUCAAGAAUUUCAGUUUCUGAACAAAGCACUGCUUGUACCUGAUGGUUCAGAGGAAGAGAGAAACCUUUGUAGCAUUGGUGAGGUUGAAGAGGCAAAGGCAAUUCUGAGGCUAUUUCCGAUUUGGGCCACAUGUUUGGUGUAUGGAAUUGUAUAUGCACAGUCAUCCACAUUGUUUACCAAGCAAGGAGUUACAAUGGACAGAUCUAUCGGUCCAAGCUUUGAAGUACCAGCUGCUUCACUAGAAUCUUUCAUCAGCGUUUCUAUUGUUGUGUUUAUCGCAAUCUAUGACCGUAUUUUGGUUCCUAUUGCAAGAUCUAUAACCACAAGACCUUCAGGUAUAACAUUGCUGCAACGGAUUGGAACUGGAAUAGUUCUCUCAUUUCUUUCUAUGGUUAUAGCUGCUCUAGUUGAGACAAAGCGCCUUCAAACUGCUCAGGAAUAUGGAUUGGAUGAUAAACCAAAGGCUACGAUUCCUAUGAGUGUGUUUUGGUUGACACCUCAAUAUUUAUUUCUGGGAGUUUCUGAAGUAUUUGCUAUAGUUGGUAUGCAAGAAUUUUUCUAUGAUCAAGUACCUAGUGGACUGAAAAGUACAGGUUUCGCUCUAUACCUCAGUAUCUUGGGCAUAGGAAGCUUUCUAAGCAGCAUUCUCAUUUCUGUACUUCAGAAAGCCACAAGCAGGCAUGGACAUGAGAGUUGGUUCUCUGACAACUUAAAUAAGGCACACCUUGAUUACUUUUACUUCCUGCUUGCUGGACUUAGUGCUAUUGCAUUAGCUGCUUUUGCAUAUUUUGCAAAAUCCUAUGUUUAUAAUCAAGCAAGUAAUACCUGAAGUUGCCCUAACCAUGUCUACCUUGCAAAAAGGUGUACAGAUAGCGGAUGACAGUACAGAUUGUAAGAUUUUUCUAAGACAGCACUGGCAAAUUGUGUUGCAGCUUGUGCUAAACUCAAGCUGUUUGUGCUGCUGCUGAUCAUGACAGCAAUAGAUGAGCCUGCAGCCCGUCACGACGAGCAAGGGACAAUUAGAAGCUUUUUCCUCCAGUAAAGAGAGCAAAGUGCAUACGGUGCAUACACUGCAUCCCCAACUUGUAUGAGGGUACAAUAUGCUUUGGUAAGUCGAGACUGGUCAUGGUGAAACCUGAACAGCGGCGUACUUCUAAAUAUGGUUUAGGGCAAACUUCAUCUUUCCCCUUGAGGGGAAUCUUUUUGCUUGAACUUGUAUAUAUCAUUGAAUUGUUUAUAUAAGAUUCCAUUUUUCUUUUUGUC